AUGACCCGCCCCAACCUGGACGACGAGUCCAUCCAGAUGUUCAAGACCGGUCCCAACGACACCGGCUCUUCCUCGCUCCAGAUCGCCCUCCUUACCAAGCGUAUCGAGAGUCUUACCGAGCACCUGCUCGUCAACAAGAAGGACUACGCAUGCCAGAGGGGGCUGCGCAUCCUUCUCGGCCAGCGCUCUAGGCUCAUGAAAUACCUGAUGAAGAAGGACCGGGCAGAGUACGAGCGCGUGAUGGACGGCCUCAACCUUCGCAUUAAGUCUGCGUAA